AUGGCAGACAGUAACCCCCCUGCAGACGAUGAAAAUUACCAGGAAGAGGACGAUGAGGUCGAUGACUCCGGCUAUAAAUCCGUCAAAGAUGCUGUUCUCUUUGCUAUCGACAUCAGUGACUCCAUGCUGGAGGUCCGUCCGCCAGAGUCAGGCAAAGGAGAGCCACAGUCACCUGCAAAAGCUGCCAUCAAAUGCGCCUAUCAUCUAAUGCAACAGCGCAUCAUUUCGAAUCCAAAGGAUAUGAUGGGCGUGUUGUUCUUUGGCACAGAGGCUUCCAAAUUCUACGAUGAGGAUGAGAAUAGUCGUGGCGGCCUCUCCUAUCCCCAUUGCUACCUAUUUACAGACCUGGACGUUCCUGAUGCGAAUGAUGUGAAGUCAUUGCGUGCGUUAGCUGAGGACGAUGACGAAGAGACUGAAAUCUUAAAACCCUCAAAGGAACGGGUUUCAAUGGCAAAUGUUCUGUUCUGCGCCAACCAAAUAUUUACAUCGAAGGCUUCGAAUUUCCUGUCGAGACGGCUUUUCAUAAUCACAGAUAGUGAUAACCCUCAUUCCGAAGACCGAACCAUGCGAUCUGCAGCCACAGUGCGAGCGAAGGAUUUAUACGACCUGGGUGUCAUUAUUGAACUGUUUCCAAUAUCGAAGCCGGAUCAUGAAUUCGACAGGUCCAAAUUUUACGAUGAUAUUGUUUACAAAACUGCACCUGGAGAUCCAGAAGCAUCCGCAUUUACUGCUGCUGGAACCCAGGUUCCUAACGCAAGUGGGGAUGGUAUCUCAUUGCUCAAUUCCCUACUAUCAUCCGUCAACUCGAGAUCGGUUCCACGCCGAGCUUUGUUCAAGAUUCCCCUGGAGUUUAGUCCAAACUUCAAGAUAUCCGUUACUGGGUACUUGAUUUUCAAACGACAAGAGCCAUCUAGGAGCUGCUAUGUUUGGCUCGGUGGUGAGAAGCCAGCAUUGGCGAAAGGCACAACAACCCAGAUUGCGGACGAUACUGCAAGAACUAUAGAGAAAACAGAGAUACAAAAAGCAUACAAAUUUGGAGGGGAACAGGUUUCCUUCACCAUAGAAGAACAGGCGAAACUACGCAACUUUGGUGACCCGGUCAUCAGAAUCAUAGGCUUCAAGCCUAGAUCAUCGUUGCCGAUCUGGGCCUCUACGAAACACCCUACAUUCAUAUACCCCAACGAAGACGAAUUCGUCGGGUCGACUAGGGUAUUUGCAGCUUUACACCAGAAGCUACUGCAAGAUGAGAAGAUCGGCCUCGUAUGGUUCAUUCCACGGAAGAAUGCCACACCUGUAUUGGCUGCCAUGCUCCCUGGCGAGGAGAAGUUAGAUGACAAUGGCGUUCAAUUCCUUCCACCAGGAUUGUGGAUUCUACCUCUACCCUUUGCAGACGAUAUACGACAGAACCCAGAGACAAAUCUCGUGGUAGCUCCAGAGCCAUUGAUUGAUCACAUGCGCACUGUUGUGCAGCAGUUACAACUCCCUAAAGCUCAUUACGACCCUCGCAAAUAUCCAAACCCCUCUUUACAAUGGCAUUAUCGCAUAUUACAAGCUCUGGCGCUAGAUGAGGAGCUGCCAGAGCAAGCCGAAGACAAAACAAUACCCAAAUACAAACAGAUUGACAAACGUGCAGGCGACUAUGUCCUUGAAUGGGGCGAGGAACUUGAAAAACAAUAUCAAAAUAUGUACACAAACCAACCCAAGACCUCAACAUUGGCCAAGCGAGGAAAACCUUCUUACGAGCCUGUCGCAGAAGACAAGCCUGCUAAGAAGGUCAAGACCGAAAACGCUAAUGGCGGAAACGCAUCAGCCGAGGUCCAGAGCCAUUACCGUAGUGGCAGUCUGUCGAAGUUGACAGUUGCAGUUUUGAAGGAGUUCUUAACGGAGAAGCAACUUUCUGUUUCUGGUAAAAAGGCAGAUUUGGUUGAAAGGGUGGAGGAGUAUUUUGAUCGGAAGGGUUGA